GUAAUUUUAAUCAUUAAUUUGUGAUAAUAAUUCAAUGUAAAAUUUAUGUAUCACAAAUGAUUUUUCACCGCAAGGGCAAGAAGAAGGGCUGGAAGGAUAGUUUUUACGAUGGUAAACAACGUCUGAAAGUUGAAACUGACAUGAAGAUACGCACGCUGCCGAGUGCCUACCGACUAAAACAAUAUUAUUACGUAAACAUUUGCACAGUGAUACUGUAACAGGGUGCACGUUGCUCCCAUGCCAUCUUAUACGUACGUUUUUCUUGACUUACACUUGCACUGAAAAAUAAAAAAAUGCAAGACUGGAUAAAAGUUACUCUCAUACUAUGUUUAUUUGGAACAUUACGAGAGAUUCGACCAUCAGAACCAUUCGUUACUGAAUUCUUGUCUGGAGAAUGGCGCAAUAUUACAGAGCAACAGUUGAACCAAGAAAUUUAUCCUGUGGGAACAUACUCAUACUUGAGUCUGCUCGUACUAGUAUUUUUGGUCACUGAUUUUCUUAGAUUCAAGCCAGUGAUUAUUCUUUCAGGCCUAAGUGGAAUAUCAGUUUAUGCAGUUCUGCUAUGGACUUCAAGUGUGCAAUGGGUGCAGGUGUCACAAUUUCUCUACGGUCUCUACAUGGCCACAGAAGUUGCGUAUCUGACUUACAUAUAUGCAAAGGUGGAUCCUGACAAGUAUCCAUUGGUAUCUUCAUACACGCGGAUAGCGGCAUUGACCGGACGCUUUCUGUCCGGCGUCAGCUCGCAGCUGCUUACGCAUUUCAAUCUUAUGAACUAUCGUGAUCUCAACUACAUUACUUUAGUUGCUCAAAUUCUUGCCACUUUCUGGGCAUUCUGGUUGCCUCCAGUGCCUUACGGGAUAUAUUUUCACCGACGCUCCAGCCCUUCCCUGCAACUUGACAUAGCUCCUACAGACAAACAGAGAACCCCAUCCAGUCCAAGUAAUAAGCGCACUACACGCAAGGACGUAACAGACGCGGCGUUUUUGAUAACGCGUCACGCCCGCAUAGCGUACACGCGGCCUAAGGUGCUCGCGUGGUCCGCGCUUUACGCCGUCGCCCUGGCGUUGUUCGUCCUCGCACAGACUAACAUGCAGAUACUUUGGAAACAAGUGCAAGACGAGAGUGAUUCGACAGUAGCAUAUAAUGGAGCAGUAGAAGCGAUACUAACUCUUCUGGGUGCGUUCGGGGCUUUCAUAGCUUCUUGCUGCACUAAAGCUUUGCUCCCAGCGCCCGUGGCCGCUGUACAAGGAGUGGCCACGUUCGUGGGCACCUACGUGCCUAAUGUAUUUGCGUCUUAUGUCGGAUACAUCGUUAUGGGCAUGCUGUUCCACUAUACGAUCACUCUAGCCAGUGCAAAAAUAGCAAGUCAACUGACCGACGAGAGCUGCUUCGGCCUAAUAUUUGGCAUCAACACCCUCAUCGGUACAGGUCUUCAGUCUCUAUUGACUUUAAUACUCAUCCAGUCAAUCAAGCUGCCGAUAACCGCCCAGUACUUCACCAUCAGUGGACUAUACCUACUAUUAGCCUCAGCCUGGCUAUUGGGAUGGAUGGUACAUUUGUACAAACAGAAUAAAAGUAUUAAUGUCACCAAUCAGUAUGGAUAACUUGGAAGAUUAAUUUUAUUUUUCAGGAAUUUUCUACUAGGUUUCAUAAAAUAGAAUGUUAGUGAUAGUCACAGGGAUUUAGGCUAAACAAAUAAAGCUGAGAAAAAAUUAUAGUCCUGUCUGAACACAAUAAAAAAGGCAAAUACAGCGUGCUGUGAACAAGAGAUUUCCUUUGGUAGAAUUGAGCCUUAGAAUCCAGGGAAACAUUUAAGAAGUGAAGUCAUCCAAAUUUCUAAUACAAAUUUUGGGGUGGGGAGAGCCCUUGGCUUGAUUUUUAACCAAUAUCAGUUAAGCUGUAAGGCCAAGUUUGGUAUCAUUUUCGAAUAAAUCACGGAUGCAUAUUUUGUGUCUUCUUACUUACCUGUGAGAACAGUUUAUAUGCCAAUGAACAUAACAUCUAUGAUAUUAUAAAACCAUUACGAGAUACCAUUUCUACUACCUUAUCAACAGUGGUGCACGAGUCAUAGAGGCUUACCCAAGUUAUAAUCUAUCAGUAUUCAGUACUAAUAUUGUAGAGGCAAAGUUAGAGAAGUUUGUUUGUAGGAGGUAAUCUCUGGUACUACUGAACCAAUUUUGAAAAUUCUUUCACCAGUUGAUUGUUCCUGAGCAACACAGGCUACAUUUUAUUUUCAAAAAUUAGAGAUCCCUACGAAAAUUGUUAAAAGCUACCUGUGUGAAGCUGGGGUGGGUCCAUAUUUCUCAUAAUCUCAUUUCCUGUCAUGACAAUCUGUAAACCCUGUAAACGCAACUGCUUAUUAAGAAUUUGGUGGUACAGACAGACUAUUUAUUCCUUUAAUAAUAUUGUCAUUCCAAAAGGAUCAUAUUAUUUUGUACACGAGACUAAAAAGACUAGAACAAUAUUUUAGAAAUAAAUAUAAUGUAAGUAUAGUAGAAUAGAAUUUAUUUUUUACUGUUAAAAUUCAUACAUAAUUCGUUAUUUAUAUAACAUCAUAAAGUUUUAAGUACAUGGAAAAUGAAAUAAAAUCAUUUAUCAAUACAU